AUGACAUCAACAUAUAGACGUGCCUGGUACAAAUUCCGCCAUGAUGAUAAUCCUGCAGUUACAUCCGUAAGUAGGAAGAGGAGCUUACUUCGGUUUGCUGAAGAUCAAACGUGGGCAGACCCAGUAAAUGAAUUACAAUUUAUCGUUGAGGAUCCGGAAUAUAUCUCUGACGAGGGUAAAGACUUCGAGCCCGAUGUCUUUGAGUCAGGAUCUGUGGCCAGUGUGGUUGCUGCAAUCGUGUCCUCUCCGAAUGACCAGGUCGAGGAUCGGGCUGCUUCUGGGCCGUUUGAGAGCAGGAUAAACACACAGUGGCAUCCUAGUAGAGUUGACCAUGUUCAAACCGAAGAAGUAUAUCCUACUUUGCAAGUCUCACCUCCAUUUUCCGGCAUUGCUUCUGCACCCGAGCAACAUCCUCUUGAGUAUGGUUGUACUCUGUGGCCACUUUCUUCUAAAGACGAAGCAUUCUUGAUGCUUUACUUCGUGAAUGAGUUAUCAAUGUGGUUCGACUACUGCGACAAAAACAAGCACUUCUCGACCGUAGUAGUCCAAGCAGCAGCCACAUCCCCAACACUACAUAAUGCUAUCCUAGCAGUAUCAGCCAAAUACCUCAGUGUAACCCGGGACUUUGACUGCUCUAUACCUGACAGGUAUCAACGCGAAUGCUUGCGAACACUAAUUCCAGCACUCACAGCCCCUGAAGCAAUGGUAGAUGAAAACUUGUUCGCCGCAACAGUCAUACUACGCUUCUUCGAAGAAAUGACGGAAAGAUUAGACGGGUCGGACAUAGCAACACACGUCUUAGGUUCCCACAUGCUAGUCAACACCCGUGAACGCGCUCGCACCCAUAAAUCAUCUAUCCAAACCUCGAGCCUGCGAACCGCAACGCUGAUAAUUGAGCUACGACAGGAGAUCCACAUCGCGUUCAUGACGAAUCGUCCUCCGCCACCAUUGGUUGAAUAUUGCAAUAUCGAUCGCAGUAUGGAUCCUACUGAUGAUUGGACGUGGACUAAUCGCAUGGUGGCCCAUACGGCUGAUGUGUUGACGUAUUGUAACGGUGAUGGGAAUAGGAAUUUGAAGCAGUGGAGAGAACUUUGGAGCUACCUUACAGCCUGGGAAGGAGCCAUACCUCCCAGCUUUAAACCGAUAUACGAAGAAAGUGCAGACCCUGUUAAAGGGCAGCUUUUCCCUAUUUUGUGGCUUGCGAAUGAUUGCCACCUAGCUGGUGGCCAGUAUCUAGCAAUCUGCAAAAUCCUCUUGCUGGCUCACGAUCCCCAAAUCUCGUCUCUAGGGGCCGAUCGGAUCAUCAAACAGAAGGAGAAUGACACCCAGAUCAAAACCCAAGUCCGAAUCAUCUGUGGCAUCGCCAUAUCCAAUCGGCAGUCCUUCCCUACUAUGCUUUCUGCUGGUGUUACGAUUGCGAUGUGUACGCCGUCCACCACUCCCCCGUCAUUUUAUUUCCCUUUUGAGCUUGUGGUUACUUCCGGGGAACAGGAAGCGUUUAUUGAGAUCGUCGCGGAAGCCGAAGCGCAUGUUGCAUGGCCUUGUUUGAAAGCUAGGGAAAGGUUGAGGGGAGUUUGGGGUUGGGAUACGGUCUAG